AUGCUACGAUAUGAAAAUAAUAUGCGACAUCGAGAUUUGCCUAUUGCAUCAAGAGUGAAUCAAAAAGUGAUAAAUGAAACUCGAAAUAUGGGUUUACUCAUAAAUAAACAACAACAACAACAACAACAACAGAAUCCUUCAAGAUUCAAGCAUCUACCAUCUCCACAACGAUUUGUACUACCGCAAGUCUUAGAACAAAUAUCUGAUAUUCGGCCUAAAAUACGACCACAGUUGCCUAUUCUAGCAAUUGUCAAGCCAUCUAGGCCAAGAAUUCCAAUGCAAAAAUUUGUGCCCCAGAAAUUAGCACAAAUGAAUAGCCUCAAUAGAAGAAUUCAUGAACCAGUUUUAGCAUCAUCAACAAUACUAAUACCCACUCAUACAUCACUAAAACGAGAAGAUCAACAAUCUGCGAUAAUUCUGGAAAAUACUAAUGAAAUUCCAUUUAAUGCUAAUGAUGCAUUCUUAGAAUGUUGCAAAGAAAAAAAUGUUGAUGCUAAAUGUGAAUCACGGUGCAAUUUUGAUAUUUUGGAUCGUCGAGUGCUUACGGCAAUGUUUAUUGGCGCAGAUCCAUGUCCCCGAAAUAAUGGCCGGAGUUUAUUGUCAUGUGCUGCUCAGGAUUCCGAUCACACUAACUGUUGUCGUGCAAACGGUGUACAACAAACAGCUGCUGGUGACAAAUGUUUAGGAUUUUGUCAAAUGACUCCCGAAUCUAAUUUCCAGGCAGAUGUAAGUAUGUUGCCAUGUUGGAGCGUUCUCAAAGAAAUCAAACAAUGCUUUCGUCUUAGUCUUAUUGAAAAGCGCAAUAUCAAGGAAGUAUAA